GCAGAAGCUCGUUCUUCUGGGCAGCGUGUAGUAGUAACACUUGCCUGGCAUAACCGUUUUUCUAAGGCGCUUUCCCUUUCGUCGCUUCCUCUAUCUUCACUUCUCUUCGCUACGCUGCUCCUGCAGUCGUAACGAAAAGAAAAGCGUGUUGCUGUGAUUAUCACCAAGUCACAUUUCACUCACAUAGCACAAUAAAGGAGCACUACUUUUUUUAUGAUUUGCACCUCGUGUGUAUCCUGAUGAGUUGAAGUAAAAAAGAGGGGGAUGUGCACUGCUACAAUGUCUUGCACGCGCGCUGUUCACUUAGUGUAUGAAGCGAACUUAAUGGGUAGAUAUUGUUUUUUCCUUCGUUUACUCUCUUUGUUCGCGCUCCAAAAUACUGCACUCAGAAUAAGUCUCUUUCUCGCCUUGCGGCUGCAUCCGCAGAAACCAAGAGCAACGAAAGAGAGAGCGAGAGAGGGAAAUGAAAGAAAGUUGAUACACGCCGCGAGGGGGCGUUCGUAUCGACGAUCAGCUGAUGCAUUGGGUUCGAUGCGCAGGUAUUUUACAGUACAAAAGUAUUCUGAAUAUUCAAAGAUGACAACUGUGACUAAGAGCCUACCUCAAAAAAAAUAUUACAGGCAGCGGGCUCAUUCAAAUCCUAUUGCAGAUCAUUGCAUUGAAUACCCGAUCAAACCAGAUGCUAUGGACUGGAGCACAUUGUAUCCGCAUUUUGUUGAUACUAGUAAUGCAAGCAGUAAAAUUAAACAAUUGACUAAACCUAUAGAAUUUGCAGAUAUUGGCUGUGGCUAUGGUGGCCUGCUAGUCACUCUAUCUCCAAUGUUUCCCGACAACUUAAUUGUAGGAAUGGAAAUCAGAGUUAAAGUUUCUGAUUACGUCAUAGAUAGAAUAGGUGCACUACGUUGUCAAUAUCCAAAUCAAUACACAAAUAUUGCUUGUGUCAGAACUAAUGCCAUGAAAUAUUUACCAAAUUACUUUCAUAAAGGACAGCUUAAGAAAAUGUUUUUUCUGUACCCUGAUCCACAUUUCAAAAAAGCUAAAUAUAAGUGGCGCAUAAUCAAUAAAUCUCUUUUAGCAGAAUAUGCAUAUAUCCUAGCUGAAGGUGCAAUUGUGUACACAAUGACUGAUGUUAAAGAUUUGCAUGAAUGGAUGGUACAGCAUCUAACAGAACACCCUUUAUUUGAACGUAUACCAGAUGACCAAUUGAGUUCAGAUCCCAUUGUUGAAAAGCUAUAUGAAAGUACUGAAGAAGGGCAAAAAGUCACUAGAAAUAAAGGACAUAAAUUUUUAGCAGUAUUUCAAAGAAUUUCAGAUCCUUAUUUAGUUAAUAAUAGAUAGUAAAUGUAUAUUACAUUAUUGUUUCAUAAAUAGUAGAUUACAAUCCAAGAUUGGAAAAGUAUUGACAAGACCGGGACAGCAUUGUCAAGAUUUGCCAAUAUUUUCCCGGCCUAGGCACGAAAUCUAUUGAUAAAAUUUAAAAAAUAUGACAUUUUUUAAUAACCAUUAUAUCUUCAGAAAAAUAAGUAUUAAAAAUCGAGUUUUAUUUGAGUGUGUAGUCAAAUUGGUACCCCUUAUAAAUUAUCAAAAAUCAAAUAUUCAAUUUAAAAAAAUUUAUUAUGACAAUU